UUUGCUUUUGUCAGGCCACUACUGGGAGCACAAAGCCCGAGCAAAGGGCACUUAUGUUGCUUGCUUUCCAAUGAUGUUAUUAUACGUCACGUUCGAUGAAGCUUCGGCUGAGUUCGUGCAAUGAGUAUGGGAUUGACGCUGUUUUUGGCAGAGUCUUUCUCAUAUGUUGUGGGGCGCACCGUCGGCAUGCCGGCGCAAGCUUCUUUUCGGAGAGGGCGAGCCCCGUUGCUUAAAAACGUGUCCUUCAUUUUUUAUGAAAUACUCGACAUGCGUAUGUCGGACAGUCUCUGUUCACGAUGUUUGGUUUCCUUUACGAGUAAUCCAAUUUUUAUUGCGUGGGGUAAAUUGGAAGGUCGGAGGCUACAAUCGUCUUUUCUCAUUUGUCCACUUGUCAAUCGUCGUUCCCUCUCUCUUAUCGCAUUGAUGGCAUAAUUUAUGCUGUGCGGUCUAUCGUCGUCCUCACUUCGUGUUCCCAGUAACCCCCAAUCCCACACUUUUAUUCACCCACACGCCUAAAUGAUUAGAGCUC